UCCCUCGAUAAAAUGUCCGAAAAACGCAACCCGAAGUGUUUCUUUGACAUUUCUAUCGGAGGUGAGAAAGGUAGGUUGAUGAAUUUUGUCCUUUCUGUGUAGCGUGAGGAAAAUGUCUUACCACAAGGUUACAAGCAAUGCAUUAGCGCUUACAAAAGCUGGUUUGGUCGAUGUUGUGUGACUAUGCCUGUACAAGCUAACAGAGGUCUUUAUUUUCAUUUAGUUAGUCCCGCUUUGGAGUAGCUACCCAAAUGAAGUUUUAGUUAGAAAUAGACUCGAUAUUUGUGAGCCUCAAGUCAAUAUUUAACAUAUUUCUUGGGAUCAAUUGUCCUUCAGUCAGUGGCCAUGUGCACUGUGAGGCCAGGGCCACUAGUUCAUCAGUGUUUGCUGUCAUGUGUUACCCUCAUUAAAUAAAGUUGCUACCUACCUACCUACCAACCUACCUACUGUGAAAAGCUGGUUUCCAGUGAUGAGAGCAGUUGAUAGGGCGCCUAUAUAUGACCUAAUAAAAUUCAAACAAGAGUUUUUAGUGUCCAGAGUUGUAAGCACAAUCAGAAUCUUAAUCCAGAUGAUCAAAAUGUUUCGGACCCAUUUAACUGCUUAAAUGAUUGUUGGAGAUAUGAGCAUGAGCAGAAGGAUUAACUAAUCAUAAUGCUUAUUUCCACUCUGUGAUUGCUUUAGUCCCACUGCUUUUGCAUGGAACUCUGGCAACUGUUAACCCACUCGCGAGAGGGAUGAAUACCAUGUUGCAAAGCUGUUUUCACUACAUUAUAAUGUUUCUGAUAAAAACUCUGACCCCGGCUCCUUAAUUAACUAGUGAAAACCACACAAAAUACCUUUUUUAAUUAGAUAAUAAUUAUCUAAUUAAAAAAGGUAUUUUUUGAUCUUGUUAUCCAUUCGAAAUCAGUUAAUUAUGUUAGUGAUUAUUUUACAUCCCAGUACAUGUAUGCUAUUUUUCUUAUUAAGCCAAUUAUCAAUAUUGGCUCAUGAAGUCAGCAUGUGUAUGUCAAGAUUUCAAGCACACGGAAAGUUUGGAGAGCCUGAAAGAGGCGUAAGAGUUGCCAAGGUGCUGUCGAGACAAUCUUCUUGUGCUGCUCAUUUAUGACACUGUCUUUCUUUCCCUCCCGCCCCACACCCACCUCCCUCUCUCCUUUUCCCAAUGACUCUGUUUGCUGGGUGUCUGGCUGCUUUUGCUGGGGACUCAUGGCUAGGUUGUGAUAGUACAUGUAUGAUUGGUUCUCAGUCAGGCUUGCUGGCCUCCAGUGGAAGUUCUUGGACAUCCUAGGCACCUAACCGCCAUUAAGUGAUGCAGUUGUUACGGUUAGAAUCUCAGUAAAUGAAUGUGAAAUACCGUAUAGAAGACACGGACUGGCAGUCUUGUGGAGGCUUUUUUUUCCCCCUGCCUAUUUUUUUAGUGGAUAGUCUGAAUGUAAAUAAGGGCAUGUUAAGUACCUUAUUUAUGUAUCAUUAAUUGACCCUUAAUAUUUUCCAAAAACAUGAAUCCAAAAUUUUAUGGAAAAUUAUGGUCAAACUAUCCUCAAAGAAGAACAAAUUUUUGUAACCAUUUUAUUCAUGCAUACGUUCAUUAUUAUUAUGGUUAUGAUGAUGAUGAUGAUGAUUAUAUUAUUAUUUUACAGUGGGAAGGGUACUUUUUGAGUUAUUCGCUGACAAGUGCCCAAAGACUGUAGAAAAUUUCCGAUCCCUGUGUGUUGGAGAAAAGGGUAAUGGCAAAGGAACUGGGAAACCACUUCACUACAAAGGCUCAACCUUUCAUAGAAGUAAGUUAGAGGAAGAAGUAGGAUAACAAAGGGAGGAAUCAAAGGAGACAGAAUAAUAUUUAUGGAGACAUAUUAAUUCACUUAACAUUUGCAUUUCUUUGCUCAACAGACCAAUCUGGCCAAUCCGGGGAAUAGGAUCUGCACACAGCAUAUACAUGUUAUAUUUACAGAAUUUGUUAAAAACUUUUUCACUUUGAACAAUCAUUUUUUUCAAAAGUAGGUUGAGUUUGAUUGUCCAAGUGAACGUAGUCCUGAAUAGGACUGUUGUUGUUGACAGUGACUGACGUUUCGACAACCUGUGCGGUAGUCAUCUUCAGAGUCAAGUUGUUGAAACGUCAGUCACUGUCAACAACAACAGUCCCAUUCAGGACUACGUUCACCCGGACAAUCAAACUCAACCUACUUUUGAAAUGACUCCUAGGUUCAAACCUUUCACAAUCAUUUUUUUGUUAUUAGACUUUCAGAUUUCUUAGUCCCCAGUGAAAGAAUGAAUGAAGCUUUAUUUAAUUUCAGGUUUGAUGAGGUUGGUUAGACCUCUAGCAAAAAUAUGCUAAUAAGCCGAGGGAAAACAAAAGCAAAGAAAACAAAACAAAUAAAUAAAAUAACAGAGAAAGAAAGGGAAAUCUAAAAACUUAUAAAACUUACAGUAUAAAGUCAGUGAUUUCUUACUCCCCAGAUUGUUUUUUGUUAGUACAUUGCAAGUGGCCAUCACAAAUUUACAGUGCACCUUGUGAAUUGGCAAGUUAGAUAUUUGAGAAAUUCAUAAGGCUGACAUAACCCAUGUAUUUUAGAUGGCCUGACUGAGAAGUUUUCAGGGGUCAAGAAUAGCAACCAGAUUGCUUUUCAUUUUUUCAUUCUUUUUCAUGGUUGAAGGCAAGCAUUGCACAUGAGUAAAUAAUGCAUGCUAUGCAUGCCUUUCCACUUUUCAGUUCAACCACUGACAACAAUCAGGGGAAAACAGGUCUUUGAAAGUCCUUGAAAUAUUGGGUGCAAAAGUGUAGAAACCCUGUGUUUUUAAUCAACUGACAGACUUACAUACUUGUUGGUUGUCAUUGUAGUUAUCAAGGGCGUUAUGGCACAGGGUGGGGAUUUUACUAACCAUGAUGGCACAGGAGGAGAGUCAAUUUAUGGAGAAAAGUUUGAUGAUGAGAAUUUUGAAUUAUUGGUAAGUUAUCAGAUUUUUAGGAUUUUAACAAAAGACAGAUGAUAUGAAUUCACAAGUUGCAGGAGAAAAGCAGUUGAAAAAAGAGUCUGAAAAAUUCAGGCUCGAUUGAAGAGCUUUGGAUGACCAGACACAAACCAAGGCUGUGCUCUAGUAGCACCUGGUGACCCCUGGCCCCUAACUUUUGCUCCUUGGUGACUAGAAAAUGUUAGAUUUUUCAUAGAAAUCAUCUGCUGGGCACCCUGGAUUUUACAUCAUUUUGUUCUGAGCACUAGGCUGACUUGAAUGUUUCUUAGAGCACGUCCUUGACAAUGCCUUUUUCAUUGAGCUAACCAAGGUACCUUGGUUUAAUGCAAGCAGGCCAACUGAACAGGGUUCGUACAGGUCACUGACAACCAGGAAAGUCAUGGAAUUUAAGAAUUUCAUUUUUCAGGCCUGGAAAGUCAUGGAAUUUAAUUGUUGGUCCUGGAAAGUCAUGGAAAUUUAGGUUAUGUUAAAUUAUUAACAUAAGGUUAUGUUAAAUAAAUUAGAUACUGCAGAUGUCAAAGCAAGGAUAAUAUAAGAUAAAGAUAGUAAUUAGACAACCUGAAUGGCACGCAUUUUGGUGGCCACAAGAGUUUGUGUCUGUUGAACUGUUUAAGGUCAAAAACUGUGCUAAAAGUGACAACUAAACACUAGGUCAUGGAAAACUUGAAAAAGUCAUGGAAAUAUUCAUGGAAAGUCAUGAAAUUUGAAGAGGUCAAAAGAGUGCGAACCCUAAGGGCUCCAUGCAGAAACAUUCCCCAAAAAGAAAAUGAGGAAGCCAGGGGAAGUUUUUGCUUGGAUCCCUCAGUAAUUCUGGUUGGCUUGAAGUUUCCUUCAGUUUACUUAACUUAUUUUCUGUAGUUUAAGCCCAUAAUUCAUGAAAAACUACUUAGCAAUUUAUUAAUGAAUGAGGCUGAGUAGGAUAUUAAGCAGAUUGAGGAGGGUGUUAUCGGCCUCAGUGGAUAACACCCUCCGAGAUCUGCUUAAUCCUUCAUAUCCUACGAAAGCUGAAUUCAUUAAUUGCUUUAUUAUUCAUUCAAAAUAAUUUCUAGUUUAAAAACAUGCUUAGCUGCAUCGAUGUUAAGUUCAUCUUCCGUAUUGUACGUUGAGCUUUGUCCAGCUCCGCAAACAUUCUCCAAAUAGCAGAUGUCGCCCUCUGAGUUGUCUUCUUGCUGUUUUUGCCAUGCUUUAGCUAUUAUUUUGCCUCGUUCCAGCUGUAGUUCUUACUCUUGAAACAAGUGAAAUGUCUGCCAUUUUUUCCUUUUUUCACAUCCAAAACAACUCAAUCUCGUCCUCCAGGUCUUCUCGGUAACGGUGCCUUAAUCUGUACCAAGCUGCAUUUUUGACGUCACUUUCUCCUUUAACACAAAAUUCUUCCAAAUUUGGUCAUCAGUAACUGGUUAUGGUGCAUUAUGUGUGUGCUUUUAGCCAAUCAGAAUUGGGGAAAUAUUUUGAAUGAAUAAUAAUGUUAAUUAAGAAUUUUCUUGUCUUUUAUUUGCAGCAUGAUAAACGUGGAAUGCUCUCCAUGGCUAAUUCUGGUCCUAACACAAAUGGAUCACAGUUUUUUAUCACCUUUAAACCAACUAGCCAUUUGGAUGGCGAGCAUGUAGUCUUUGGCAAAGUUGUGAAAGGAAUGAAUGUUGUUAAGGAAUUGGAGGACACACCGGUUGAUGGUAGUACACCAGAAAAGGUUUGUUUUUAUUGAUCUGAAAAGUGCUGUAUCAUUAAAAGUGAAAUUAACACCUAUUAGCCACUCAAAAAGACAUUAGACAACUCAAUGUAACAACAAAACUGGUGGCAAAAACAUCUCUUGACAAGUGAAUUCACACUGUUUCAAAAUUCAUUGCUGUUAUUCUAUAUUUUGUAAUAAUUACACAAUAAAGAAUAACAGCAAUGAAUAAUUGUAAUUAUUAUUUGUUUUGGCAUAUCAUUGAAUUCUAACAGGUUGUAUUUGAGUUUGAAUAAUGAAUAUUUAGAAAAUCAUUCUCUUGGGGUUACAUACCUCAACAAAACUUGUAAUUAGGCAAUCUCAUGUGACUUAAGGUUUUCAACUGUGGCCAAAAAAGCACAUGUAACAUUGUUGUUUUACUAAAUUAACCCUAUUAUUGCUUUUGUGCUGUUCUUGUUGCCGUCAUUGGCGUCAUUUCCUAAGUUCCCUAUUGAUUCUUUUCUCUUGAACAUAUAGCCAUGUGUUAUUGAGGACUGUGGGGAAUUACAGCCAGGUGAAGAUGAUGGUAUUUCUAGAGUUGAUGAUGGAACAGGUGACCUUCUGCCUGAGUGGCCCUCUGAUUCUGAUUUAGACUUUCAUAAGGUAAAUGCAGGUAUAGAACUUAACCAAAAUUGAGAAACCAUAGUUUCUCACACACCAAAUGCUAUUGUUUUUUCUGCCACAUGACAAUACAACAGCACUUUAUGCCCAUUAUGUUGUCUGUCACUUGACAAUGCAACCACUUUAUUCACUGAAAUAACUGUCAACCAUCACGACAUUAAACAAUGGGCAAAAGAAAAACCUUCUUGAACCUAAUACACUACCUUCAAACCAACACUUUUUAUUGACUUGCAAAGGGGGGAAGGGUGGAAAAAGCUUUUGCACUGUAUUCAAGAAACAGAAACUAAAUUUUGUGGCAAGUGUGAAAAAUGAUACCUAAUUUUCUUUGUGCCUAUAGCUGGUCCCAUUCAGUGUGAGAGAACUUUAUUUCUUGCUUCUCUUGCAAGCUCUGCCUGCAAGAAAAACAUUUCAUGGUACAUUGAUAUGUAGCUAAGAAUUUUUUCAUGCCAAGCACAUUCGUUUAAUAUAUCAAAUUCAUGUGCAAUUCAGUAUGUGUGGGGGAAAGUUUGGCAGCACAUGUAGCAUGAUAAGAGCCUCAAGCAAGCACCUCUACUUCAUGAAUGCUCUCCAACACAGUCACAGCUAGAAGGAGGAAUCUGUUAUUCUUCAAUAACAUACAGUUUGAGACAAAAAAUUUUGAUUUUGCAACAAUAAAAAUUCUUCAUUUACAGAACAGCACAGUAAAACAAACCUGUUAUAGGAUUGCUCGUUACAUUAAUUUUUUAAUUCUUUGUUAGCAAACAAUGAAAAAAGAUACUGGGUGUUUUUAAGCCUACAUGUUGAAAUACUGUAAGGUCAUGAAAAGCCCUGAGUAUAGAAUAGAUUCUCAAUGAUGUUCAUGUUGUGCUUGGCAGAAUCCAGGAAACUUGUCAUGCCAGUUUUCUCUUUAGUUAAAUUAGCAAUGACAACAUUGCCUGUUGUCUAACAUUGAAUUUCUUCUCAAAGGAGUUCAUAGUCACAAGACUUCUUAGAAGGACCUAGCAGUCAGACACUUUAAUAAAUGAUGUAAUUAUGUACUAAUUGUCUUGUCUUUGCUGUUGUGUAAUUUGUCUCUUAGCAAAGGAAUUUUUUUCAGCGAAUGCAAUUGAUGGGUGGCUUCUCUUAGUAAUAAAACUAUUCUUUUGUUAUUUUCUUGUGACAAUCAUUUAGGUGGAUGAAAUACUAGUAGAGGCAGAAAAGAUAAAAUGUAUUGGAAAUGAGCAAUUCAAGGCUCAAAAAUAUGAAAAAGCCAAAAAUAAAUACACUAAAACACUCCGGUGAGUAAUAGCACUUAAUCUGCUUUUCAGUCAAAGAGCAAAAUAAUAAUAAUAUUAUUUAUUAAUAGAUUUAAAUAUUUUAUUUUGCUGGUAUGGUAGUUAUAAUAUUUGUUAUAAUAAUUAUGCAACAAAUAUUUUGGUGUUGUCCAGUCUACCUUUUUUAUUGUGUAGUCAUAAUAUUAAUUUUAACUAUUUUAAAACUUAAAAAAUGGUAAUAUUUCUUUCCAGCUACCUUAAACAUUUAGACUCAGAAAAUGACACAGAUUCCAGUGAUAGUGAAGAUGAAACAAAAGAUAAGAAACUAGGUGAAGGUGAAGAAAAAGUAAAGGCAUUGUCCUUGAGUUGUUACCUAAACAGGUAUGUGGGUAAAGUAUGUAAACCAUUCAGUUAUGUACAGUAUUCAUCCUGGCCCAUUUUCUGUGCUUUUUGUAAUGAGAUGAGUGAUAAGCAUAGUUCUCUAGGUAUAAGGACUGCAACAAUUCCCACACCUUUGCCUAUCAACAAGUUAAAGCCAGUAAAAACAUUCAUCAUUACUCUUGAAUUCAUAAACUGUUUCAUGCAGUCAAUGUAUGUUGGUCCACCUUUUAUUAUAUUUUGCAGAGCUGCUUGCAGAUUAAAAUUAGGUGACUAUUCUGGAGCAGCUGCAGAUUGUAAUGAGGUACAAUUAUUAACUGUAACAAAACUGCAGUCAUGGCUGCCAAAUUAAUGUAUUCAUAUAAUUUGGAGUUACAUAUGUAGCACUGUACAUGUAUGGUCAUUCAGUUCCAACGGCCCAUAUGUAGGAAAAUAAUUUAUGCUUUGUUUGGUUUGGAACAGUUCAGGCCCGAAUCAGAUGCCGAGCUUUUCAUGAGCUGAACCUAAUUCUAAUUAAGGCCGACCCAAAUUAUUUAGACUGGCUGAAUUGAUUCAGACGCCGAUCCUAAUUGCAGCUGAACUAAGAUCAAAAGGCAAAAAAUGCUCAUUUCGGUCAAACUGCUUACAAAAUACAUUAUAAUAAUCUAUGCAUUAGGUUUGGUACAUGAAAAGUUCUGCAUCUGAAUCAAAGCCAUUCCAAAGGCGAAAUUCUCAGCUGAGCCGUUCCAAAUUGAAACAGCAUUCCUAAUUGAUUCAGACACCAAACUUUUCACGUAUUGUAAUAAUUCAAUGUAUUCGGUGCGGCUGUCUGGAACAGACUGACAUGUUUACACAAUUUCUUUUGUAAGUGCGUCAUGGGUAAAACAAUAAAGAAAUACAUUUUGUUACAAGAUGAAUGUGGUACUCUCUGAAUACAAGCUUCAUGGGAGUUGGCAAGUUCAUAAUCAGAAACUGCUGUUUGGGAACUGAAUCUAGAAACUUUGAAAAUCUUUUCAAUUUCACUUUUAUAGAAGGUGGCUUGAUUACAAAAAAACAAUAAUUAUGCAGAAAAAACUUAAACGUACGUAGCUACAUGUAAAGAAGGGUGGGUUAGAUCAUGAAUCAUAGUUGUUCACGUUAUUGGAAACAUUCUAAACUAUAUAUGUUGUUGAUGUUCUCUCAAUGGGGACACAACCUAAAAACUCCUGAAAAGUCAAAUGCUUAAUAAAAGCUGUUAGCUAACACUUUAAGGGAGGUUGAUGAUGAGUGUUCUUAAAUUUGAUAACAGGUGUUGGAUCUGGAUCCAAACAACAUAAAAGCUCUUUACAGAAGAGGACAGUCUAACACAAACAUGAAAGAUUUUGAACAAGCAAUGGUACGUUGUCCCGGGGAGGGUACUUAAGGAAUUUUUGGGUGGUGAUGUGCCGCUGGGACCCUGGAACCCUUAGCCUAUACCAGAGAUCGUUCAAGUGAAUUUUGCUACCCUAUACUAGACUAAACUACCGAAAUCCCCCCACCCCCCAUCCCAGAGUAUCUGCUUUCCAGAAACUACUGAGGUCACAAAAAGUCCAGCUGAAACAAAACCCAGAGUUUGCAAAUUUUAUUGAUCAGUGCAGUUAGUUUGACUCUUGCUUCACAAAUUUUUGAGUCAUUUUGGAAUAUUUGGAGUCAAGUAUCAGACUUUCCAGCAUGUGGUCCUGGCAUGUAUACACUAUCGUGAGGGAUACACGAAGUAGCCGUGGUGGUCGGCUGACCUGGAAAGCUGAAAUCCAUGAUGGUGGUCAUCGAGUAAACUUUGAUUGUAAUUUACCCUCUUCCUGUUUUGUUGUGCAGUAUAAUUCUUUAAUUUCAAUGACUUAAUUAAGGUUUACAACAUUUACAAUUAACGUAAAUAUUUGUAUUUGUUGUGAAAAGGGUAAGGACAAAACUGUGCUUCGAAGUGGUUCCCUGUUUGUUACUGAAAAUUUUUGGAGUCGAAGUGACUCCCUCCAUAACCUCAGUUGGGUCAUCUGAACAAUUUUGGCUUAAAAUACACCAAAUUUGGCAUAUUUGCCAACCCUGAAACUGAUUUGAUUUUUUCAUAUUUUUGAGUGACAAUUCCUGGUUUCCCUAGUCUAGACUAAAAUCUUCAACCAGCUGAUCAGUUUCCUGGAAAAUGAUACCCUCUUCUAGACCUAAACUCUCUGAUUUAUAUACCCUGCCCCAGAGUACACUGCUUGAAAACCAUACCCUUCACAACCACACAUACCUAUGUAGCCCAUAUGAGGCAGUACCCCCCCCUUCUCUACGUAUGUAGUAUCUAAUGAACAGGAAAUUGUUUUGUAUUUUUUAAAAUUUGUUUACAAAUAUUUUUUCAUUUCAACUCAGGUUGACCUUCAAGUGGCUGAAAAGCUGGCACCGAAUGAUAAAAGUAUCAAGACUGAGGUGGCAAGACUUAAGAAGCUGAUGGAGGAGAAACGCCAGAAAGACAAACAGAUUUAUUCAAAAUUGUUUUCAUGACAACUUUUCCUUGUUCAGUUUUGGACAAAAAAAAUGAAACCCUUAGUGCUACGUUGUAAUAUGCAAAUGAAAGUGAAUAACGUUGCAACUUCAACACUUUUUCAUUUGUGCACCUCUCUCUUCUGUUAACUGUGACAAUCACCAGUGUGUUAAGAUAAUAAUUUCUUUGAAUGCAAUAAAUUAUUGUUUCAAAAAUUUUUAAUUUUCUAGGUAGUACACUUUUACAUCUAAUGCAGGUCAUAAGAUUCAUUAUUAAGGCAAUAAUAAUAAUUUUUAAUAAAAAGAAGAAGACAUUGUCUU